AUGACACACCCACAAACCUUCUUAUGCGAGGAUCUUCUCAUUGAAAUAUUUUCAAAACUUCCUAUCAAAUCUCUUCUCCGAUUUCAAUGUUUAUCCAACUCUUUGAAAUCCUUAAUCUCUAAUCCAAUUUUUGUGAAAUUACAUCUUUUAAAUUCACGAAAAAAUACCAACAUACUAUUAGAGUUUACUCGUUUCUUUAAAGAAACUCUUACUUUAGUGGAUUACUCGUUAUCAUCAAUUGUUAACGAUUUUAGAUUUGAUUCUAGAUUGAAAUACAAGUUUGAAGUUGUUGGUUCAUGUAAUGGAUUGGUUUGUUUGGUAACUCAACCAUCUUCCAAGCGUGAAAAAUAUCUAGUUUGUUUAUGGAACCCUAUCACAAAGUCAAAAUCCUACAAACCCCGUCUUUUAGUCCAUUCUCAUUCAUAUUCUUGCAUUACGAUAUUUGGAUUUGGUUAUGAUAGUUUAUCCGAUACUUACAAGGUGGUGGUUGCUCAUUUUAAUAGUUCUGAAUUAGUUCAAGGUUCGAUACAAUCCGAGGUAACUAUUUAUAAUAAUCGUGAUAAUUGUUGGAGAAAUAUUCAAAGUUUUCCUGGAUUUCCUAUUUUAGGAGAAACUAGGGGACUAUAUUUGAAUGAUACUAUUAAUUGGGUUGCAACUUCUAUUGUUGAUUAUUCUUGGAACUAUUCUUUUUAUAUUGUUUCACUUCAUCUUGGGAAUGAAACAUAUAAACAAUUAUCACUGCCUUCUUGUUUUGGUCGAGCUAGGCCAAGUCUUGGGAUUUUGAAAGAUCAUUUGUGUGCUUCUUAUGAUGAUAGCAAUACAACUCAUUUUAAUUUAUGGCAAAUGAAUGAGUAUGGAGUUGAAAGUUCAUGGACUAAAUUGUUGAAACUUAGUUAUGCUAGAGGCACUUUUAAGAAUGAUCGAUUAAUCCUUAUUAAGAUGAUUGAUGGUAAAUUGCAAGCAACAACUGUUUAUCGGCAAGAAGGAAAUAUUGUAAUUCUCAGGAAAAAAAAACUUUGGACCUAUACUAAGGAUUAUGUACCAAGCUUAGUUGCACCUUGA